AUACAAUGUUAAUACGAUAUGAACAUUUAUCAUAAGGAAUAUAACCGGUCGCGAAGUUGAAUUUCCUGAGUAAACCUUAUCACAUAACCAAGUGAAGAUGCAGGGAACUGUGUAAUUGUAUAAGGACAAUAACAUCUAUACUAAGUGUGAAAGGAAUGAGGUGAGGUGAAACUGUGGUGUGUUCGAGAUGGAUCUACUUUCAUGAAGUAUGGUGUAUGACCUAUGUAACAUGUAUUGGGUUGUUCUCGAUUGUGUCAAGAUUAUUUCAGACACCAACAGAUGGAUGUUUGGUUCAGUGGAUAUACGAGAGAGGUUAGAGAAAAUAAAAUACGGUCAUACUGCUUACAAAGGAGUUACAUGGGUUCUGGAAAUAUUUUACAUUACAAAAACUACAGUUGUUGGUUUGAUUUCUUCCAACUUGUGCAAUGUGUCAAAGAGGAGGUUAAGUGCAAUUGUAGAACUGGAUAGAAUGAAAGUAUUCAGUGUUUUUGCUUUAGUUCUGUCAACUAAAUGACUUCUGUCAAUCAAAUGAGAGUAGACAGAGUUGUGUAUUGGCUCUCUAUGUUCUUCUCCAAACCACACUAUUAUCGGUGUUACAGUCGAUUGCAAAAAAUCGGUUUUCGAUGUUGAAAUGGAGUGAAAAUUAGAAGGUCGGAACUUUCAGAACUAUUCUGUGAUUCACUGUUAUCCCUAUUUUUAGUACGUAAUGAGUUAACAUGAGGAAGUUUUGUAUUCCAGCCAUAGUUUAGUAAUAGAAUAUAAAAUAAUCAGGAACACUGUAAGUUAAAUAUUCAGAACUCGUGAUUAAUAAUAAUAAAAUUUACAAAACAGAGAAUAACGGUCCAAUAUCUGACGCUAGUUAGAUCGCAUGAUGAUUAUUAUAGAAAUAUACAUGUCGAUAACCCUGGUAUAUUUUCAUAGAAUUAAUUCGCGUUAGACAAUAACGGAAUGAAAUAAGUUGAAUAUGAGAAUAGAUUUUCAAUGCGCAUACUCCAUACACUCAUUGAUCCGCACGGACAAUCAGAUAAACGAAGUGGAGAAAACGAAGCGGAGAAUGUUGCUGGAAGAAUGGAAUACGAACCAAGACGGGAAAGUCGAGUACGGAAAAUCGUUUUGAUGAAGCAUUACUCAGUAUUCAUAUUCAGACAAAAAUGAGUUACAGACACGUAUUGAUCAAAUCAAACAAUCAACCCAUAUGAACACAUGAAGUCAGUUAGGGUUAAUAAGUGAGGAAGUGACAAAUUCAGAAUGAAAAUUGAGAAGAAUAAAUAACUGGUUUGUGCAUUGGCUAGGAUAGCCUAUAUAAGCUUGAAAAAGUACCAGCCACUACAGGACAAAUCGACCAUUAUUCGUUAAAUAACCUUCAACAAAAUAAACCAAACAAUGGAACUCAUAAAUGUUUACCAGAAGGUGGAAUAUUAUCAGGCGAAUUUCUCACUAUUCCAUAAAUGGUUUGUCUGUUUAGAAGAGUGGAGAGUUUAAAUUUAUGUGAAGUGAAUGAUAGAAAUGCCUUAGUGAUCAGUUUUCAUCAUUUGUUUCCGACAUCACUAAGAGGCCCAAUAUGAAAUACAUGCAAAUCAUAACAAAAGCGAAUGAACUCUAUUUAGAAUACAAACACACUGAUGAUGUUGAAUACACCCAGAAUGAAAUCAGUUUGUUGAAUCUGAAGACAUAGACAUCGAUUCACAAGGUCUUACACAAUAACCAGACAAAUUAGAAAAUUAUUCAGAAACUAACUGCAGUAGAAGUAGAUACAUAUCUCAUGAAAUGUUGCAAGUGAAAAUCGUGAAAAUCUCUUCAUCAUAUCAUCUUAUUCAUACUCAGCCUCGUCUUAAUUCUCACUAACAAACUUGAUACAUCACAAUCACAAUGUCAAUCUGUGUAGUUCAAAACUGAGGCAACUCUAUUAUUUUUUCAAAUUUCACAUUAACAUACAUCUGAACACAAUAUGAAACAGAGAGUUGACGCCCACAUUACCAAAAUUAUUGACUGAGAACUGUGUUGACAAAUGUGUUUCAUGUGACUAAUAUCGAAAUACAAAGUAUUGAAUGCGUAAUAUUUUUCUUUGAAUUUCAAGUAGAUAAAGAUCUCAAUAACAGUUGUAUGUCAUGAAAAACCAUUCUGGUAAAAGUGAAAAUCAAAUGAUUUACGAAAGUUACAUACUCUAAUAUUUUUUCACAUUUGUCAUCUUCAAACACAUUUUGCCAUGAAUUCUAAACUUUUGUUGUUAUGUCAAGUGAAGAUUGUUUGUUUUAAAUGAUUUGUCAAUAGUGUUAUAUACGGUGUGAUGUGUUUUCAGUGAAUGACAAUCGUUUUACCAAAAAUCUUAUAACUAAACAUAUUUCAAAUAAUUUUUUGUUUGUAAGCACAAAAAUACACGUAAAUAAUUAUGUGUAGAGGUGUAGUAUCACAUACAAUGACGCAAACAUGUUCUUUCUCGUGAAGGAAAGCGGUUGUGUAAGCUGAAUUAUAAUAGAAAUGAAUUUAGCUUGAACGUCUUAAAUUUCAGUGUGUGUAUUAUCACUAAGUGAAACGAGAAGGAAAAUUGAUUAGGGUCCAACAUAAAUAGAAGUAAUAGAAAUAAAGUAUAUGAUUUUCUUGUUGACCAUAAAUAUCUGUGUUCCAUAAAAUGAUCACAGAAACAGUCGUGGAUGAACGCUCUUGUUCAUCUCUUAUGCUUUAACUUAUAAUUACAUGUUUG